GUUGGGUGCGGAGGGGUGCUGCCCAAGGCUGAGCAGCUGCACGGAGCAGCUGGACCAGGGGAUUGGGAGGGUACUGACUUACUGGAGGUCUCAGGAAACCACUCCACGCCCCACUUGCCCUCCAGCAUGCCACAGCCGGGCCUGUCCUGGCUGAGCCUGGGGCUGGGGGCAGCCUCCCCGUGGCUGCUCCUGCUGCUUCUGGGCACAUCCUGGCUCCUGGCCCGGGUCCUCACCUGGGCUUACACUUUCUACGAAAACUCUCAGCGCCUCAAAUGUUUCCCGCAACCCCCAAAACGGAACUGGUUCAUGGGUCAUCUGGGCCAGAUCACCCCCACGGAGCAGGGCCUGAAGGAAGUGACUCGGAUGGUCACCACCUUUCCCCAGGCCUUUCUGAGCUGGAUGGGCCCCAUCGUCCCUGUCAUCACUUUGUGGCACCCGGAUGUGGUCCGAUCUGUCCUGAAUGCCCCAGCUGUGGUUGUACCUAAGGAUAUGGACUUCUAUGGAUUCCUGAAACUGUGGCUGGGGGAGGGGCUUUUGCUGAGCACCGGGGACAAGUGGAACAGCCACCGUCGCAUGCUGACACCUGCCUUCCACUUUGAAAUCCUGAAGCCCUAUAUGAAGAUUUUCAACAGGAGCACAAAUACUAUGCACGCCAAGUGGCAGCGGUUGGCCUCAGGGGGCAACGCUUGCCUGGACAUGUUUGAACACAUCAGCCUAAUGACCUUGGACAGUCUUCAGAAAUGUGUCUUCAGCUUUGACAGCAACUGUCAGGAGAGUUCCAGUGACUACAUUGCCGCCAUUUUGGAUCUUAGUGCUCUCGUCCUGAAACGGGACCAGCAGAUCUUAAUGCACAUGGACUUCCUGUACUACCUCACUCCUGAUGGACGGCGCUUCCGCAAGGCCUGUGACCUGGUGCACAGCUUCACGGAUGCCAUCAUCCAGGAGCGGCGCCGCACCCUCGCUAGCCAGGGUGUUGAUGACUUCCUCAAGGCCAAGGCCAAGGCCAAGACAUUGGACUUCAUUGAUGUUCUUCUGCUGACCAAGAGUGAAGACGGAAAGGAGUUGUCAGAUGAUGAUAUACGGGCAGAGGCUGAUACCUUCAUGUUUGCAGGUCAUGACACAACGGCCAGUGGUCUCUCCUGGGUCCUAUACAACCUCGCGAGGCACCCAGAAUACCAGCAGCGAUGCCGGCAGGAGGUCCAAGAACUCCUGAAGAACCGGGAUGCCGAGGAGAUUGAAUGGGACGACCUGGCCCAGCUGCCCUUCCUGACCAUGUGCAUAAAGGAGAGCCUGCGGCUGCACCCUCCGGUCACGGUCAUCUCCCGCUGCUGCACCCAGGAUGUGAAGCUUCCCGAUGGCCGGGUCAUCCCCAGAGGGAAUGUCUGUGUCAUCAGCAUCUUCGGGAUUCAUCACAACCCGGCAGUCUGGCCAGACCCUGAGGUCUAUGACCCCUUCCGCUUCGACCCGGAAAACCCUCAGAAGAGGUCGCCUCUGGCUUUCAUUCCGUUCUCGGCGGGGCCCAGGAACUGCAUCGGGCAGACGUUUGCCAUGGCCGAGAUGAAGGUGGCGCUGGCGCUCACGCUGCUGCGCUUCCGCGUGCUGCCCGCCGGCGCCGAGCCCCGCAGGAAGCCGGAGCUGAUCCUGCGCGCUGAGGGCGGCCUGUGGUUGAGGGUGGAGCCUCUGAGCGGGCACCCGCACUGACCCGCCGCGGCCAGCGCUGGGACGCCGCUGAGCACCUUCGCAGAGCCCAAGGGAGGAACUGUGCUGUGGUUCCCCGGGCCUGGGCCUGGGCCUGGGUGAGAGCCGGCGCGGGGCACGGGGCGGCUGUGGGAGUAGGGUGCCGGGAGGUGCUGUUGUGCGGAGCACAACUGGGCAAAGGGCAUCCAUGCUGCCAACCGCGCUGGUGCUUCUGAAGUCCAAGCACGAACUUGGUCCCGUGGGCGAUAGGGAGCCACGGGGCGUGUCUGACCGGGUCGGGGGUGGAAAUUAAGGCCACAGACCGAGGCGCAUCCCAGUCUCCACGUCACGGAGGCAAACUCCACUGCCUUCCCACCAAACAUUCUGAACUCAGGCUUUGCUCACUGCAAGGUUCUUCCCCGUGUAGCUACAGGUACUAAGUAACUGUUUAUUAAACACACAGAGUGUCCAA